AUGUGGCCCUUAAACAUCUCCCUGGCCGUGGUCAUAUUUUGGAUCUGGAUCCAAUUGAUACCCAAAGUAGCAGCUCCAUGGCCAAACCGGGCACCCGGCUGUGGAGAACAACCUGCAACAAUCCGCCGUCAGGAGUUCGAAGAUUACGUCGGCGAAGAGAGAGAAACCCUUCGAGAUUUGGCAAAGGCAAUUGAGGAAAUCGACUACCUCCAAGAAGAAGGACGGUGUCCAUCAGACAUUUCAUAUAUAACUGUCUCCAAUAGAGAUACCGGCUUUCACAUACAGCCGCUGAUUGACCAAUUGUUGGGUAUAAAGAUACAAGUGAGCCAAUUGAUAAAAGAAUCUGUGGAAGAUGAAGCGGAGGGAUACGGUACCUUUGUCGACGAAGCAGAAUUGGAACUGAUAAAUGCUACGAUCCGGAACCUACAAGCUAUAGCUGAAGCUGAGAAGGAUGCUGUCGACGCGUUUCUAGCUGAGAUUGCUAAUCUCCCCAGGCUGCGAUAUAUAUAUCCAAACAAGGACGGCGACGGCGACGAUAGUGAUGAUAACGACGAGGAUAAAAAUAUAUUCAAUCUUGCCAUGGGAAUCGAUGAUGGUCACCCGGAUGGGCAAUACCUGGUGGAAUACAUACUGGGAGCAAGGCAAAACUAUCAGGCAAGAUUUGAUGGUCUCGUGGAAACGAUGGAAUUGAUAGUCAGUGAUUACGAUAGUGAACUGGCGGUGCAUGAUUACAGAGAUCAGGGACAAUUAGAUGAAUGGUUCCCGAAGGGAACUACCUAUCGGGAUAUCGUCGGGGCACUGAUCAGGUGGUCCAUGUGCUGGGAAGAAGGCGCCAGAAGGGCGGCAAAGGCUCUGAGAGCUGUUGCCCCUGCACCCAAACCUGAGGACCCAAAACCGGGGAGGUGGGGAGCCGUAGGGAGGGGAUUGAGCCAGAUUGGAAGGUCUCUGUCCGGGAUUAGGGGAUGUCGGGGCCGGUCACGGACUCCUCCUCCUCCGGCUCCUGGUACGGAGGAGAACAAGAAGAACAUGAACAAGAAGAACAACUAG